GAAUUUGAAAUUUUGAAUGCAGUUGGGCGCAGUUCGAGAUCGUGGAGGUAGCAGCACGAGAAGAGCUUGAAGAAGCAGGUUGUUUGACACGGGCUGAUUUGGCUGGCGUGUCACUCGGAAAGCAUGGACCCGUUCACUGAGAAAUUACUUGAGCGAACUCGGGCUCGGCGAGAGAAUCUGCAGAAGAAGAUGGCUGAGAGGCCCACAGCAGCUGCUCGACAAAUUGUAAAAAGAUCCAGGGAACCUUUGUCUGAGGCUAGCAAUCAACCAUUGGAAGUUACUGAGGAAGUAAAAAUGUCAACCAAGCCUUCUCCAUCCAAACGACGCUGUUCAGAUAAAAUGGAAACUCCCAUCCCUGAGGCAGAGAAUGAAGAGCUGGAAAUUCCUCUUUUACAACAUCCUCCAAGUCAACCUGUUACAUUAAUUGGGGUUCAGGACCAGCAAAGUGUGAAUCAGAAUACACUUCCAGUAUCCUCUGUGAAGAAUCGAAUGCAAGCAUUGGUCGAACAACGACUCCAAUGGGACAGUUAUGGUAAUGAUAUUGAUCCACCUGUAUUGCCUGCACAUUCAUGGAAACCGGCGUCCCCACCACCUCUGCAGACAGUGAGCACUGUCGAGUCUAAAACUCCAGCUGGAAGGAGAGAACGUUUUGCAAACCUUGCUGCAACAAUUAGCUCCUGGGACGAUGACUUGAGCCAUCCGACGAUAAAGCAAAACAAACCGCCAGGACAGCCUGGUACUGCUUGUUUACCAGUUGUUUCCGCAGCAAACAGAGCUGCAGACUGCAGUAGCAGUGUUAAACAGCAAGAUAUAACGAAUCCUCAAAGAACUGUAGAAAGCACCGUUAAUAAAGCUAUCGUUACAGUGUCACAGGGAGUAGAUAAUUUGCCCAAAGAGCUCAGUCCAAAGAUAAUUGAGGAGCCCAAGUCACCAGUACCUGAAAAGACACUUGCCCAAGAAAAAGUCCAGCUUAGUCCAAAGAAAACUGAAGCCAAAUCAAUAUCAGCAAAAGGGGCAAUUACUCCGCAUCAGAUCCAGUAUAAAAAUCAACAAACCAAACUGUCAGCAUCCCAGGUUCAAUCUAGAGACACUCUCACUACUCCAGGUGGUACAGGGGUCAAGUCUUUUCUGGAACGUUUUGGUGAGCGAUGCCAACAACACGUUGUAUCAAACUCUGCUCCAUCCACUCCUGGACAGAGAACUCUUAACGUUACACCCAACACAAAAGCAAUCCAGGAUCGACUUUUUAAACAGCAGGAACCUUCUACAACAGCAAAUUUAACUCAGCAACGUAAACAGGAACGUGAAAAAGAAUUGGCUAAUAUUCGCAAUCGUUUUCAGAGGGGUAACUUGUGGAGUACUGAUAAGGAAAAAGAAAAUAACUUGGAGAAGCAUUCCGAGGACUGCAGUGAUUCUUUCCCUAGGACCUCUGAGCAAGGGAAUCCAAAAGUUCACAGAUCCCAGAUGAGUGCUGCACAGCACCCACCUCAGUCAGCAAUGCAACAAAAUCCAAAAUCGUCAGUGAACUGUGCAUUAAUGGAAGCACUUGAACCAUCAUCUACAAAAAUAUCUAACUCUGCUUAUGCAGUUGCUUCUUGUGGACAAAAUUCGAAGGAGGUUUCAAAUAGUCCUUUAAAAAAGGUUACUUUCGUCUCUGAACAACUGAAUGUCACAGAGAAUGCGCCAAGGAAUGGAGAAAAGGGUGAUGAUGAAAGAAAUACUGAUAAAGCUGAAGCGGCAUGUGUAGUUGAGAUGAACGUUGACAAUGAUGAAGAAAUUAACAGUUUGGAGGUCAUUAAUGAAUUAUUUGAUGGGGUAUUGGAAGAAGAAGAAUAUGGGGAUGAAGAAUCGGAUGAAAGAAAAGACUGCAAAAAUGAAAUCGAAAGUGAAAUGGAGGAGAAAAAUGAUGAACUGAACAUAUCCUCAAUGUCACUACUUGCUCCAUUGGUAGAAACAGUUGAUGCUGUCACAAACCCAGAGAAAUCUGUUUCUACAAAUAUUGCAACGAAUCCUGCAACACAGGACAACUUAAUUUCAAACAAAACGAAGAUGGACAAAUUACAACAAGAACAUAUAACCAGAACAGAGUCUUCUAGCAGUGUGGGGUCAUCAACGGGUGGCCAUAGCUUAUUAUACAGUAUUGACGCCUACAGGUCCCAAAGACUUAAUACCGAACGCCCUUCAGUGAAACAAGUCAUUGUUCGUAAAGAGGAUGUUUCUCAAAGACUUGAGGAAAAGAAUAGUGCAACUCCAGGUUCAGUUACUAUUAAACAGAAGAUGAAGACUCUGAACAAUGAGAUAAACAUCCAGCAGAGUGUUAUCCACCAGGCAAGCCAGGCUUUAAACUGUUGUACAGAUGAAGAUCAUGGGAAAGGAUCUCAGCAAGAAGCUGAGGCUGAGCGGUUACUACUGAUUGCCAGUGAAAAGAGGUUGGCACUUCUUACUGAACUGAAUAAGCUGAAGAAUGAAGGGGUGCCUGCAAGUAAAAGAGGAGGCCAUAUGGAGAAAGCAUCUAAUGAAUAUGCUCCGUCAAGGGGCUGUGUUGCACUUUCAGAAAUUCGCCUUCCUUUGAAGGCUGAUUUCAUCUGUUCAACAGCUCACAAAACUGAUGCUGCCAGUUAUUAUUUCUUUAUACUGAUUAAAGCGGGAGCUUUAAAUAUGGUUGCCACUCCACUGGCCACCACCCAGAUUGCACUAAGUGGUGAUGCUAUUAGUUUCCCCACAAAAUUUACACUGCAGGAUGUCUCGAAUGAUUUUGAAAUUGAAAUAGAAGUUUAUAGUUUGACACAAAACCGAGAGAGCAGUACUACAGACAAGAAGAAGAAACCUAGUAAAUCUAAGGCCAUUACUCCAAAGAGGUUGUUGACUUCAAUCACAAAAAGCAACUUGCAUACACCAGCUUUGGCAAGUCCUGGAGGUCCCAAUGCAGUGCGUACCAGUAAUUUCACCAUGGUUGGAUCUCACAAGUUCACACUGUCUUCAGUAGGAGACACAAAAUUCCAACUAGAGAAGGUUCCUUUCUUGUCUCCUCUUGAAGGUCAUAUUUAUGUAAAACUGCAGUGCCAGGUUGGUUCUACAAUUGAAGAACGUGGUUUUUUGACCAUGUUUGAUGAUGUGAGUGGUUUUGGAGCUUGGCAUCGACGUUGGUGUGUCUUAUCAGGAAACUGCAUCUCAUAUUGGACCUAUCCAGAUGAUGAGAAAUGCAAGAACCCACUUGGCCGUUUGAACCUGGCUAACUGCACGAGCAGGAAAAUUGAACCAGCUAAUCGUGAGUUUUGUGCUCGACCCUACACUUUGGAACUUGUCACUGUUAGACCUCAACGAGAAGAUGACAGAGAGACUCUUGUCAGUCAGUGCAAGAAUACUCUUUGUGUCACCAAGAACUGGUUGUCUGCUGAUACCAAAGAUGAACGCAACCUCUGGAUGCAGAAGCUCAAUCGGGUUCUAGUUGAUCUGCGAACUUGGCAACCAGAUGCUUGCUACAGACCUCACAUCCUUUUGAAGGAGAUUGAACACCAUUAUUAGCUAGUUUUAUUUACCAUCAAAGUCCAUAAGUGACUAAAACAUUGAGCAUUGAACAAGUGCAAGUAUUUGUGGCAUUUUGUACAUUUAAAUGUUCCUGAACAACCAGCACACUGGCAAUAAUCAUUGUAUGUAAUGCCUGAAAAGAAUCUAGAAACAGAAAAGAUAGUCUUUGAUUGAUAAUUAACAUUAUUAGAGAAGGUAGAACUUUGGAAGACUAUAAUUAUAUUGUGUAACAUUUUAUACAAUAGCUAUUGCCUUGAGCUUAUUGAUUUACACCUGUUCUUUUGCAGUUGAAAAGAUGCAACAGCUAAAAGCUCAGUAUCUGAUCAUGUGUAAGAAUGGCUGUAACCUUCAUGGCUGGGAUUUUAUUUGAUAAAUGUCGCUUUGAAGUAAUUAAGCAAUUACAAAUAGUAACUACUUGCAAAUAAGAGGAACUGUUGUUAUAAACCAUGUUGAUUUUAAAAAAAGUUAAUUGUGUGGUUCUCCAUGUGUCAGCACUUUUUAAAAAUAUUGGACAUAUCUCAGUCCCUCAAAGGAAUCAGUUUCCAUCUGGUAUCUCACCAACAAUUCACAAUGUUUGUACGUAAGUGCAAUUGACCGAGAAGUGAAUAUGAUUGUACUGAGCCCUCUAAAGGGUUCUGCAUGUUACCAGGCUGUUUUGGCUGUUACACUAUGUAUCUUAAAAUUGUUGGCCUAUCUCAUGGACUAAUUUCAGAAAAUGUCAAUUUGAAAUAUCUGAAUCUUUGUUUCUAUUGUUUGAAACACCAGAAUUUUAGAGGUACCAGAACGCACUAUGCAAUAACUUUAUACAUAUAUUUUAAAUUAUGCUGCUAUUAUAUUACCUGCUUAAUGCUUGGAGGCUGUCACAUUUUACUUCAGCAAAUAGCAUUUUAAUAUGUACGCAAAAUUUAUAUGGACUGUUCUUGAGAGACGUAUUGAAACUUCAAUUGUAAUUUUUUUGUGUCAACAUCAUUGUGAAUAAUUUAAUAAUCCUACUUGAUAUUUUCGGGGCUAACUUUUUGUUCCUGUUGUGUAUUAAAUUAGCCUUUACCGUAAUAUGUGCACUCCAGUUAUAACAAUUUAAAGACAGGAUGUUUUGAUAAUGCUGAUACUGGUAUGCAAUGAUUUUGAACACGAGCUGUUGAUGCCAUUGUAAAACACAUUGGAAAACAUUGACAUCAUAGUUAUUGUCCAAGCUAUAGUUUAUACUACUAUGAAAUGUAUGUCAAAUAAAUAUUGUAAUAUCACACUAACAAACUUGUAAAGUAUUAAAUGCAAAGUUAUGCUAUUUUUAUUUCCAGUCAUGUUUGUAUCUUUCUCCAUUUUCUAUCCUGUCAUGUCUAUCUUUAAUCAGGCAAUGUUAUCUAGUUCCAUUUUGUAAUGUUUUAUUGUAUUAUUACAG